ACAAAUGUUUUUUCAAAUACGCUUCAUUCGAUUUAUUAUAUGUUUUACACGUAUCAGAUGCUAAAUUUAACAACAUCGAUUAUUUUAUGAAUUAUUGAAAAUACAGUUUACAGAUAUCUGUCAAGUUUUGGAACACUUAAAUUGCUACAAAUACAACAUAAACGCGUUUUUUUCGCAGUUACGUCUAUCCUUUUAUUUAUAUAUAAUAUUCGCGACGUAAAGUAGUAAUAUUCUUGUGACAAUGCCAAGUAAAAAGAAAAAAUACAAUGCUCGUUUUCCAGCCGGACGAAUCAAGAAAAUUAUGCAAACUGACGAAGAAGUUGGAAAAGUUGCACAAGCUGUUCCAAUUAUAAUCUCUAGAACAUUAGAAUUGUUUGUACAUUCGUUACUUACAAAAACUAUGCAAAUUACUAGUGCCAAGAAUGCCAAAACUUUGAGUCCAUCUCAUAUGAAACAAUGCAUCUUAUCAGAAAGUCGUUUUGAUUUUUUAAAAGAUCUAGUGAAAUCGUUGCCAGAUAUUUCAGGACCUGAUGACGAAGUGCCUACACCACCAUUAACACCUGCUCCAAUAACUUCAACAACAUCAGUUUCUACUUCUGUAUUAAGACAUUCUGAUGGAGGACUUCAAAAGCAACAAAUGGGCUUAACUGCUGAAGUAAAUGUUGAACAAAAAUAUUCAAAUGAUAAUGGAGGAACAGGAAUAUAUAAUUCAGGUGCUGUUAACCAAAUGAUUACAAAUACAUCUGUUUCUCAGGUUCCAGAAUUUCAGGUAUCCAUGCCUACUUCAUAUCAAAUUAGUCAACCAAAUUUUUAUACAGAAGUUAAUCCUAUGAAUUUGAGUACAAACACAUCUGGUGUCAGUGCGAGCAAUCAGCCAACAUCUAAUUUUGCUCAUACUGCCAAUCUUGAUGAAGAUUAUGAUACAUAGUUAUUUUUUAAUCGUGUUAGGGACAUGAAUUCGUAUAUCAUUCAAAUGUAAAACAGUUGUACAUGCAAUUGCUCGAUAAAAAUGAUGAAUUGUCGUUCAGAUUAUUCUCAAUACAUUAGAAUAUGUAAUUUACAUUAAUUAAACAAUCUUAUUAUAUGUAAAUGCUUAGACACAUGUAAAUUUUUAUAUUUUUAUAUCUGUUCUCUCAACGAUUAUACAGACGUGUUGUUCAAAUUAGUUCAGGAAUAGUAUAUUUCAUAAUUUUUAUUAUUUUGUACUGCUGUGCUUGAUUUAUAAGUGCUCAUAUUCCUAGUACUUUACUUUGAUGUAUACACAUAUAUAGUAGGCAUGAAUGUAAUGACUCAAAUAAUUAUUAUAUUCUCCAAAACAUACUUUUGUUAGUGUUACUCUAUAGGCGAGUAUAAUUUCUAACACGAUUAGUAUUCAUAUAGUUGCGCAGGUACAUAUGCAGGUACAAAUACUUUUAAUUAUUAAGAGUAUAAUUAGCUUUACGUUUUGUAAUUGACAAAAUUGUUUAAUGUACCUUACUUAGUUGAUACAUACAUUAAAAUAUUUAUCAUUUGCAAUACAAGAUAUAUAUGUGUAUGUAUAUGUAUAUGUAUAUGUUAUGUACACAUACGUACAGCAAUAAGCAAAACUGAACACACUUUACAGAUUCUUUCAAACAUUUUAAUAUAUUUCAAAAUUACAACAUUGUAACAUGGAUAUUUAAACAAUCCAUGAAAAUCACUUUUUAUAAAGUUUAUUAAGGUACUUGACGGUUUUUUUAUGUUUUUUCUAUGUUCGAUUUUUACAGAUAUCAGAGUACUCGGUUUCGCACCCUAUAACUGUUGAGACUUAACAUUUUAUCCAGUGAUCUUUCGUCUUUAAUAUUGCAUACAUUCUUUGAGGCAUAUUUCCUACUAAUCUUUUGUUGUAAUUCUGACUAAUUUUAUUUUCAUAUAUUCCACUGACUAAUAGUCCAAUUCUUAUACUUUUUGCGAAUACUAAUUGUGCUUUAACAUUCUGGAUAGUAGUCUUGAUGCUUUAGCAUUCUGCUUAAAUAGUGUGAGCUUUUAAUUCUCUUAUCACUAUCCACUUAUUAAUUGACUUUCCUGUAUUCUCUUUUACUAUAUUUGUGACCAUAGAUGUGUAUAAAGUUUCAGCAGUUUGAAUAUAUCUGCCCAACAAUCUUCCCUCCUGUGGUGUUAGCAAUUUCGGUCGACCUCCAAAUGAUGUUGGUGCAUUGGUAUAAUAUUUUUUCCAUAUUUUUUAAACUCGAGACUGACUUACAUUACACUCCUUUGCAAUUUUUCUUGUGGAAAACGCAGAACUUAAUUUUGAAAUUAUUUUAUUCUUUAUUUCUUUCAAUGCCUCUUUCAUUUACACUGCCAAUAUUGUGAGAAAGCAUCUUUACAAAGAUUAACACUACUUAAAAAUAAUUUCUUUUAUAAUGAUAACUUUCUGUAUCAUUUAAAUAUUCGUAAGCAACUGAGCUUACAGACAGUGCAAAAGUGAUUCCAACACAUUCAUGGUUUGCAAGAAUAUAAGAAAUAAAAACAAAUAUUGUAAGACUAAGAGAGAUAGCUUAUGGUGUUGAUUUCUAUAUAACACCGCAUUGGUUACAAUUCAAUGUUGUAUUUUUGACUCAACAUAAAUAUAGUAGAAGAUUUUACAAAGUGUGUUUAGUUUUGCUCAUCACUGUAUAUAUACAUAUAUAUAUAUACAAGAAAUAUAUAUAUAUAUAUAUAUAUAUAUAUA